AUGAGGGUUACCAAAGACACAACACUGGAAGAAGAUGAGCAAAACUGGGUGUUAGUUCCCGCCAGAAACGGUCUUCCAGAGUAUUAUGAAUACACGCAGCCUGUUGAAAAGGGCUCUCUCGAUGACCGCGAAUACCGCAUUAUUCGUCUAAAGAAUCGACUUGAGGCAACAAUCGUUAGCGACAAACACGCGGAUAAGUCCGGCGCUUGCAUGGAUGUUUCGACCGGAUAUUUCCAUGAUCCGGAAGGGAUGCCUGGCACUGCCCAUUAUUGUGAGCACUUGAUGUUUCUGGGUUCGGAAAAACAUGAACAAGAAAACGGGUAUAAGGAGUUUCUUAGCUUGCACAGCGGAUCUAGUAAUGCAUAUACUGGAGGUUCUGACACCGUUUUCUUCUUUGAUGUUGCUUCAGAUGCACUCGAUGGCGCACUCGAACUCUUUUCUGAAUUCUUCCACUGUCCGCUCUUUCACGAAGACUCGGCACUGCGCGAAGUUGAGGCGGUUGAUUCUGAAUACACGAAGGAUAUGCAAGAUGAUACCUGGAGGCUAGAGUAUCUUGACAGGUCACUUGCACGUUCAGGGCAUCCAUUACGAAAAUUCAACCAUGGCACUAAAGCUACAUUAAUUGGGAAGUAUCUCGUAUCGGAGACAUCGCAUUCACAGCAUAAGUCGGAUAAUGACAAGCGUGACCACAGAUCAUCGGGUAGAAACCCUCGCAGUGAGAGUCAUGAUCAUAGUAGAGCUUCAAGCACAAGCUCUAUUCGGAGCUCAAGUGCAUCAACACGAACGCACUCGGAGACGAGACAUAAGGAUGCAAGCACAGUAUCGUCCAGAAUACCGAGUAGAUCGAGCUCUCAGAAUAACAGAGAAGGGGAAGAGAAAGAAGCAAAGAAAGCCAAGGAAGAAAUAGAGAAGCGAGCAGCAAAGAAGGCGAGGCAGAAGUUGAUUAAGUGGUGGGAGAAGGAGUACUGUGCGGGCAGGAUGAGCUUGGCAGUAGUUGGUAGAGAAUCUCUCGACGACCUCACUCGCAUGGUUGUGGAGUAUUUCUCGCCUAUCAAUAAUACCGGACGAGACCCUGCUCCAUUUAAGUCUUUGGUGCAGCCGUACGGGAAAGAAGAGCUAGGUAAAAUCGUCUACGUGAAAACAAUCAAAGAAAGAUAUGAAAUAUCUAUUUCAUUUCCCCUCCCAUGGCAGGAUCCUUUUUGGCGAGAAAGCCCAACGCACUUCAUUAGCCAUUUACUUGGCCAUGAAGGGCCAGGUUCAUUGCAUGCUUACUUGAAAAAGAAGGGAUGGAUUUCGGGGUUAAUUGCGGGACCUAUGGAUCCUGAUCGAGGGAUCAGUGUGCUCAGGAUAAAAAUACUGCUGACAAAGGAUGGAUUCAAGAACCAACAGAAAGUAAUAUUAACGUGCUUCAAAUUCAUCAAUCUGCUGCGCAAAUCCAGGUUCCCGGAAUGGAUGUCAAAGGAGUUGAGGAAAAUUCAAGAGCUAUCGUUUCGUUUUAAGGAGAAAGGCUUUGCACUUCCUCAUGCAGAGGGAAUUGCUACUGGACCAAUGAAGCUUCCCGUUCCUCGUGCCCUUCUUCUGAAUGGCCCCGUCCUAUUAUGGGACUGGAAUGAGGAGCUUGUAAGCAAUAUACUGAAGGGAUUAGAUAUCGAGAAUUGCUACAUUGUUGUAGCCGCAAAGAGUCAUGAUAACCUCAGUGGAACGACAUGGCACAAGGAACAAUGGUGCAAAGCAGAGUAUGCCAUGAGGCGGUUCGAAUCCCGAUUUAUAUCCGAGGCUCGCAGAGACAACGAUAUUCCUGAGCUAACUUUGCCAGAACGCAACCCAUUCAUUCCAGAGAACUUUGAUGUUGAUAAAGUGCAUGUUACAGAGCCACGGAAACGGCCUGCGCUUAUCGAGCGCACGCCACUCAUGGAAGUAUGGCACAAGAAGGAUGAUCAAUUCUGGGUUCCGAAGGCUAGUGUUAGGAUUGCAGUACGAACACCUGCCGCCGCAACAAGCCCUCGUGCUUCCGCAUUGACGAGUUUGUUCGUACAACUUGUGGAAGAUGAGCUCAACGAAUAUUCCUACUUUGCCCUUGUUACAGGGUUAGGUUAUAGUCUAAAUGAUACUGUCCGUGGUUUCGUAAUAUCACUCGGUGGCUACAACGACAAACUGCAUAUUCUUGCCACUGCUGUUCUUGACAAGAUUAAAGGCCUCGAGAUUCGAAAGGACAGGUUACAGGUUAUGGUCGAACAAGAGAAACGAGCUUUAGAGAAUAGACGACUGGGACGUCCAUAUGGGCUAGCUCAGUAUCACUUGGACUACCUCAUGGACGACUAUGUAUAUAAAACGAAAGAGGAAUUAGAGGCAAUAGAAGAUAUUACUGUUGAGGAACUGUCUACACAUGCGAAACUACUGUUGUCUCGAGUGAAACUUGUGAUUCUCGUCACUGGAAACCUGGAGCGCAAGGAUGCUAUCAGUAUUGCAACCGAAGUAAAGGAGACACUGGGAGCCAAGCCAGUUCCAGAAGGCGAACUAACGAAGAUACGUAUGCGACUGCUCCCUAAAGGGUGCAACUAUAUCUGGGAACUACCCGUACACAACAAAGACGAAGAAAACUCGAGCGUAUCAUAUUACUGUCAUGUUGGUAAUUCGUCCGACCCACGCACUCGUGUGGCAUGUCAUCUUCUGGCCCAAAUCUUGGACGAGCCAUCGUUUGAUGUUCUUCGAACGAAAGAACAACUUGGAUAUGCGGUUUUUUCUUAUGCUCUUGAAGACGUCGAGAUGAUUGGGUGGUAUGCGUUGAUACAAUCCGAGUCAGACACAAGAUAUCUUGAGUCACGCAUUGAAGCAUUCCUGAGGCAUAUGCGCAAGAUACUCAAGGACAUGUCAGAUGAAAAGUUUGAUAAGCAUAAGCAAUCGCUCGAGAAGGAGUGGACAGAGAAACUUAAGGUGCUUCCUCAGGAGACUGGAAGGUUCUGGGAGUCAAUCCAGGACGGAUAUUACGAUUUCCGACAAAAUGAGAAAGACGCAAAACUCCUUCACGACAUAUCAUUGCCAGAGGUCCGUGCAAUGUUCAAAGAGUGCCUCGAUCCCUCAUCAAAAACACGCUCCAAGCUUUCCGUCCACAUGCGUUCUCAAAAACCGCCUAAGCCUCCUAAAGUUCCGGCUAAGCCCAAUGUCAGCAUCCAUGCUGCUCAGGAGUUCAUGGGUUUACUAAAAAAAGAGGGGAUUACUGUAGACGAAAAGCAGUACAAAUCGGAGUGUGAAGACGAGUUCACACUGCCUGAAAUGCAAGAAUACUUAAAGGAGACAUGCCUGAGUGAAUUGCUGAAGAACAAUGACACCAAAGUCCAGGAACUGAUUGGGAGACUGAAGGCACUUGUGGAGAAGCACCCUGUAAAGCCUGCUCUGGAAGUGAAACAUAUCACUGAUGGUGCCAAAUUCCGACAGGGUCUUCAGCUUUCUGAUGUUGCAAAGCCAGUCAAGAAGUUUGAAGUAGAGUAG